AGAAAGGAGGAAGGUAACACAGACGGAGAGAAAAGAGGAGAAUGGAAGCGCCAAAGACAAUUGCACAUGAGAUCGGGGGGAUCCAAAACGACGCCCUUCGAUUCGGCCUCCACGGCGUCAAAAGCGAUCUCGUUGGAGCUCACCCUCUCGAAUCCACCUACCAGUCUGCGAAGAAUACUCAAGAGCAGAUGAGGAGAAAAAUCCUUGCUAACACAUUUGGCUCUGCCUUUCCACUCAAGAUGGAUCUUGAUAGGCAAAUUCUUUCGCGAUUUCAGAGGCCACCAGGACCAAUUCCAUCUUCAAUGCUAGGCCUUGAGGCUCAUACAGGAAGAUUGGAUGAUUUUGGUUUUGAGGAUUAUCUGAAUGAUCCUCGUGAAUCUGAAACUUUGAGGACGCCUGACAUGCAUCAUGCGAUGGAAGUACGCCUUGGACUUUCCAGGGGACCUGUCUGCCCAAGUUUCCUAUAAAACAAGUGGUUCACUUCUUGUCAAUUGCUAAUAGAGGACGUUGUCUGAACUUAUCAUGCCAUGUGACUGAGACAAUUUGAUUUAGGGCCUGUUAUCCUAAUCCAUUUUAAUGUUGUUUUUAGUAAUGGCAUUCAAUUAUCACUGUGUGAUUAUAUAAGCCCUAUUUGACAUUGA